UGUGUUUUGAAAACAUAUUGUUUGAAAGUAUAAACAAUAUUUUAAUUAAAUAAUUAAGUGAACGUGGAAAAGUGAUGAGUUAAAUGUAGGUUAUAUUUAGACUUUGUUAGUGUAUUAUUUGAUAAAAUGGAUGAUACACAACAGAGCAGGGCAUCUGAUGCUGCCGCGACAAGAAAACGCCGUUCCUCCAUACUGAAAAGCCAACGUCCAGCCCGUACACCGUUCUCCGAGUUAGAGUUCAAUGUAGCAACGCCAACAGACACAGCGAAGAGUCGACGAGUCAGCUUCUCUCGCAGGACUGGUGUAGCUGAAUUCGUAACAAACGAAGCAACAACCACAUGGAAGAACUUUUAUGAGGAACACAACAAAUCGCUAGAAUCGUCCGGAAACGAUUCUGAAGCCACCGCGUCCCGCCAUUCCGUAGGCCACCUAGGCAAGAAACUUUUCGAACAACAAUUUGAAGACGAGGAAGCAAUUGAGUUCCUAGGCCCCACCCCAGAUAGUAACUCCACCAAUAAUGUUAAUUACUCCCAACAAAUCGCGCCCAUCGAGGUUACCGACGACGUCAAGUUGACAGCACCACAAAACAAAUUCGAACUAAGCGUUUUUACCGAACAGCAAAGCAAAAUAUUCGGAAAUGAAUUCACAGCUCCGUCUAUGUGUGAAAACUCCGGUCGGAUCGAUGUUAACUUUUCAGCCUUACAGCAGAUUGGUGGUGACGCGAUAGACGAUCUCGAUGAAAUACAGAGGGAUAUAAAACGAGUUUCUAGUAAUAGUAUGGGCCGCCAUAAUGCCUUCUCUAAUAGGCGAGACAUGUCUGAGUAUAUAGAAGUAGAUCUUAAUAUGACGCAUGUAGCCGAAAACAAUGAUGAAGAUAUGUCUAUCACUGAUACUGUCCACAGUCCCGUACAGGAUGUGUCCAAAAGCGCUUCUAUAGAUAAGAAAGUUAGUUUGAAUAACGACUGGGUGGCUGACAAAGAAAAUAUUGCCAUUAACCCUUACGCAGCACCGCGGGAAUCCGUCAAUUUCGCCGUUAACGAGGAACCGGAUCAAGUAUUAGUGUUCGAUGGAAAGCGCUUGACUCUGCAGCCAGAUAAACCAGAAAAAGAAACGAAUUAUAGACAGAAUCUUUUGCCAAAUCCCGUAAAUUCUCCGAGAAAAACUAUAGUUGUAAACGUCGACGACGAUCUACCAAACUUCGGCAACAAUAAGCGUGUCCCUAAAUGUGAGAAUUCUGGUUUUAGUUUCGCUCAGGAAAUAAAGACUAGUGAAGAUGAGAUAUCGGAAACAUUACCUGUGAAUCGAGUCGAUAUUGUACCUAAAAGGAGGACUAUACAUGAUAAGUCUGGAAAUAUAUCGAUAACGCAGGCUCUGCCUACGAACAUCAUCUGCCAUACUGCAAUGAUUACCAAUGAUAUGUCGAGUAAGAGAAGAACUAUAGUAUUUGAUCAAAGUGCGGGUAACAUCUCGGUCACCCAGUCAUUGCCAUCACAGAUUUUGACCAAAGUAGAUAGUAACACCUCCGAACGACGUCGAACAGUUGUUUACGAGAAUGAUACUGGCAACAUUUCUAUAACACAAGCGGUACCCACUAGUAUACUCGUUAGCGAGAAGAAUGAUAAGCGUAAAACUAUAGUUUUUGAUGAUGAACUAUGCAAUCUAUCCGUCACACAAGCUAUACCUAGUAACUUUAUAGAUGACAAAGAAAAAAGGAAGACUAUAGUUUUCAAUGAUGAAGCUGGUAACGUUUCUAUAACACAAGCGUUGCCUGCUAAUAUCAUAAUACCCGAGAAACAGAAGCAAGAAAAACGGCGCACAAUAAUAUAUGAAGAUGAUUCAGGCAAUAUAUCAGUCACUCAAGCGAUACCCAGGAAUGUCAUUCUCGCACAAAAGAGCGAACCAAUCACAGAUAGGAGAAGGACAGUUGUUUACGAAGAUGAGACUGGGAACAUUUCAGUAACACAAGCCUUACCUUCUAAUAUUAUACUUGAGACAGUUGGUUUAAAAGAUAAAGUUAAAGAUGAACCGGGUAUUCCUACCACAAAGUCUCUUCCUAACAACAUAAAUCAAAAAGACGAAUUUAAUCGAAGGAGGACUAUUGUUUAUGAAAAUGACACGGGAAAUAUUUCUAUUACACAAGCAAUUCCCACAAAAUUCCUACCUGGAUACAGCCAAGAAACAAUUAAAACUAAUCUUAGUCCUAAAUCUGAUCCUAGCAAUGAAAAUGCAGAUACAUCUAAAAAGUUAAACAUAUCGCCUAGAAAACCAAACAGCCACAAAAGAAAGACAAUUGUCUAUGAUAAUGAUGAUGAUGACAUAUCUAUGACCGAAGCUAUUCCUGCCAACAUAAUAGUUUCAAAUCAAGCUGCCAACGACAAGGAAAAAAGAAGAACAAUCAUCUUUGACGAAGACAAUAUUUCCAUGACUCUAGCCAUUUCAACGAACAUUUUCCUACUCGACAAACUAAAUUCUGAUACUAGUCAAACCACUAAAACUCCAGUCAGUGAAAUUGAUGAAAAGAGUGAAGUUGACGUAAAGAGCGAAGUUGACGAAAAGGUCAUUGACUACGAGAUUUAUGAAGAAGAACCACCUCCUGAAGGUCCCAAAGAGAUUCAUGAAACUGCCUUAGACGAGGAUCCUAAUGAUGAUGAAAUGUCCAUCACCGAAGCUAUACCAAAGGUCCAGAGCCUACCAGAAUCAGAGAAACUUAAAACAAUGAUAUUUGAUGAAGAAACAGCCAAUGUUUUAAUAACUAAACCUAUCCCAGCUGUAUUGAUGACUAUCCAGAGUGAACUGUUAGACAAAUCUAAGAAGAAUGAACUAGAUGUGACGGAGCAAGAGGUUGUAGCCAAUCCUUGUCCAGAUGUGAUCGUGUACCAAACGACGGCUACUAAGAGCUUGCAGAAAAUGCAAUCGAACAUAACUGAACAAGUGGACUUGAAGAACAAUACUACGGAUUUGAACACCGAAGGUAAAGAAGCAUCUGUUGCUAAAGUUUCUGAUGAUGUCGACGUUUCGAACGCAGAAGUGGACAGUGUCGAUGUAUCGCUCAUACACCCCAGAGUCGAUGAAAGGAAAGACCAACUCAACCUCAAGAACGCGACUAUAGGAGUAGGUAGCCCUAUCAUAGAAGCCGACGUUAUUCAAACACAAACUGAUGUUGCAAAUUCUCUACAUGAUGAUGAAUUAUUAGAAAACCAGAAUGAUUCAGUCCUCAAUACGCUACUCGAUAUGUCUAGUACUACAGUCCACACUGAGGAGGAUGGUACUGCAGAUAAGAUGUUAAUGGCUGAGCUGGAAUCCCAGCAUUCUUCUGCCAAAGAAAAGGCAGACACUGAUUGCACUUCCAGCGAGAGCAUGUUUUAUAUCACGAAGGAUGUUGAAAAUGACACACAAACUGAAAAAGAAAAGUCUGAUUCUCAAAAGCUUUCGCCAACAAAAAGGCGGUCGAGGCCAGCUCUAGAAUACAAAGAUGAAGAUGAGAAUAUCGCUGUUCUACAGGAGAAACUAGAAGCACUAAAAACAGCUAUUACAGACGAAACCCAGAAUCCGACGAACAGACUGUAUGAGGACGUUGUCAGUUCCAACCUGGAAGACAUUGUGGAGAGAGACGAAAAUAACAAAUUACGACAACAGAGCGACACAUUUAAGAGAGCUAAUGACACUAAGGAGUUACUCGACAUGAUAUCUGAUUUCACCGACAAUAACGAAGAAGGGGAGGCGCCUGUAGAAGUCAGGAUCAAAGGUCAUGUGGCCAUAGAGGAUAAGACUGAAGUCAUUGAUCCAAAGCGACACAGUUUUGUGCCAAACCGGCCGUCGAUAGCGUUGAGUAGAGAAGAAAUGAUGAGCAAUAUAUCGAUGGCUCAAGCAGUGCUGCAGCGAUCACGAAUGGCACUAAACGACACUGAAUGUACGGAAGAAGAUUCGAAAGACGAGUCGAUGGAUCAAGACCUAUCUAAAAAGUCCAAUCGCGCGAGUAACGAUGUAGUAAAAACCUUGCAAUUCGACGACGAGUCGAUGUGCGAAGUGAGCGAGAAGAAAUUCGACACGAAAGUUUCGCCCCUCAAGAAAACCGCUUUCGGCGAAACUUCGUACAUGACCGAAACUAAAGCGAAAGUGAUUCCAACUUAUUUGAAAGAUGUGUCCGAUGGAAUUAAGGAACUUAUGCUGGAUUUAGUGAAACCCAUGACAGAUACCAUGCCAUUCGAUUCCGUUGCGAUCGACAAGUCUGUAAAAAAAGCCCCGUCGACGCAAAGCACUCAGAUCCAGGCUAACCUAAUUUCCACCAGUCAAGUCGAUAUCGAUUCCCAAUCGAUAAACGCCGAAUCGAAUUAUGAAAUCGAUAAAAUGAGCUCUUUAACCGGAGCUCUGCAUAAGUCGGGUUCUCGCUCAUUUAGAUGUCCAGUCAAGUUCUCGACUUCCUCGGAGAAGUCUUCCGAAUUUGAGGUUCCUCCUCCUAGACAAAGGUACUUAUAUUCCCGGGCACCUGUGGAGGAGCCGGUACCUCCUGUCUUAGUAUUCGAUCACUUGAACCCUUUAAAUAACAUACUGAUAGGUACUUUGGACUACUCGGACGCACACAAGUAUAAUCCGAAGAGGUCCGAGCUCGCUAUAGGUACUCCUGAGCGCAAUCAGUCUGAUUUGAAACAUGAUAAUACCCAAAAUGAAACUGAACACGAAAGAGAUAACGUGUCCAAGCAGUAUCGAGUAGAGACAAAACAGCGUCUAACGCAAGGGAACCUCAGCCCUUAUAAGCAAGAAGACCAGUACAGCAUGCUAUCCAGCUCGAGUAAACCGAUUUCAAUAGACCAGUCUAUUGACGCGAUACCAAGCGAACUUAAAGACAAUGAGGUCAACACAUUGAUAGCUAUGAAAGGUAACAAAGAGUUGCUCGAAGCUAGUUCAUCGUUAACACUAGUUGAUGAAUCUUUAACCACACAAUCUGAAGGCGAAGCGACAAGUAGGGCGGCUUCUCAUGAGGCACAGGAUAUAGCAGACGAGCCCAGCCAACACGAACUCACGCCUGUACGGAAGACGUAUAAUAUACAAGAAAUGAGCUCGGACAACGAAAAGCAUGACAUGUCGAUAGACGAAGCGCUAGAACAACCAAAUCCUUAUAAAGGCAAGAAACGAAUAUACAGUCCAUCUUCCAACAGUAAACCGACUAUCAAUGCGUUGGACGUAACACCCAAACCAGUAUCAAAAAUGCAGAAAAUAUCUAGCAGUCCUAAAGUAUACAAACCAAUAAAUGAAAAAACAAACAUGGCCGCCGAAAAAGAUAUUACAGAGAAUAUAGAACCAGUAAUUGAAUCUCCUAAGAAACAUGAAAAGAAGGUUUCGCCUCGAAAGAGAGAUAAGAAACCUGGAACGAAUAUAACAGUGCAACAGUUAAUAACAGAUUAUACAGUAGAAAGUGGUUUGAACACGAAUAUUGUGGAUAAAUCUAUUCUUAAUGCCUUGAAGCCGCGGUCAGAAUCUUCCAACGAGCCGGCAUCUCAGUCUGAUGUCUUAGAAAGUAAUAGCCUAGAAGUGGUCAGUUCUUUUACAAGUAGUAAGAACUUCAACGUGGUUAAGAACGUGUUGAGCACAUCGACGACUCAAUCUCAUCAGAACGCGUUACAGAGCAAAGGGGGUCGGUUAGACUGGCAUCCGGAAUUGAUCAGCGCUUUGAGCUCGAAUCUGGGCGAUUCUGAUUCCGGAGUCAAUGUGGUCGCUAAGAUUGAUAUGCUGCCUUUUAUGGGAAGUCACGAGUGCGAAUGGGAGUCUUCAGCGGGUGACACGUGGUCGUUCCGUCUCCUACACGGGCGGUUACGCCUGACGGCCCGACUAGCGCAUAGACAUGAUAAUGCCGCUAGAAGCCGAGUGAGGGGUGACACGCCCGUGCUCGAGGUGACUGUGGAAACUGUGCAGCAUGACCGCAAGAACCCAGUGGCAACAAUGUGCGUCCGCUUCGCUUGCGAGACCAUGCGCUACAUGGUGUCUCGAGCCUGCCGCGGCGGCACCUGCCUGGCGAGCGACAUCCCGCCGCUGCUGCGUCGCUGCGCCGCCGUGGCGCGCGUGGCGCUGCGCUGGGGCCGCGCCAUGCACGACGCCAAGCUACACCUCGCGUACACGCUCGACAAUGACGGAUAUCUCACGCUCAAGGUGGCGAACAUCCCCCUGCGCUCCGUGUGGGAGGUGACGAUGCGCGUGGAGCUGGUGGUGGACGACGCUCGCGAGGCCCCCUGGCCGCGCGCCGGCGACGUGCGCGUGUCGCGCGUGGUGUCGGACGUCAGCGUGCCCGACGCGCACGUGCGCCGCGCGCUCGCGCACACGCCGCGCGACUGGGGCCACGCGCCCAGGACUGUCUGGCGAAUGUUCCGAUAUUUGAAACACAAGACGAGAGAUGACGACAUUCUGCUAUCGUGAUCACCAGUCUUUUACAGCCGCAUACUGAAACGCCACUUAAUUUUAAUGAUUGCUUAAACGUCACUAUCUCUGUCUUAUUCACGUAGCUGCGAUAGACAUGUAUUUAAGUAGAACUUAAAGUUAAGUGACGUUUGAGUAUUUCGAGGUUAUAAAGCUAAACUAAGUACCAUACGGUCCGAAAGAAGAAGAAAAUAGAAUUUAAUUAUUAUUGAUUGACUUGAAUAACCAAUAAAUUGUAGAAAAACAAUUUAUUACAAAAUUGAGUUUCGUUAAUAAAAACACGGGGUAUGUAUUUUGUUAUUUUUUUUAUUUCAAUGUAUCAAUAGAAAUUUAACAAUAAUUGCAUGUAUAUAGUAGUGUCAAUUUUUUUCCACUUUUUUCAAACAUUUUAUACGUUUUUCUUACAUUCAUUGGUUAUUUUGUCAAUUCUAAUAAUACAAUUUGUUACCCCUACUUUACACUUGUAAUUUCCUUCCGUAAAAAUACGUAAGUGACUUCCGUAAGUGUAAGGAGUUCUAAGAAAUUACUGUCAGCGACUUACAAAGGCGUUUUACAUUUCCUAAUUUAUACCAGUUACUUAUGUAAGUAAAACUUGCAAGUGUAAGGUUUACAUACAAACUUUAACUCAUAUUGUUUGUAAAUAUUCAAUCAUCAUCAUCAUCUCCCGAGCCUUUUCCCAACUAUGUUGGGGUCGGCUUCCAGUCCAACCGAAUGCAGCUGAGUACCAGCGCUUUACAAGGAGCGACUGCCUAUCUGACCUCCUCAACCCUGUUAUCCGGGCAACCCAAUACCCCUUGGUAGACUGUAAUGGCCUUACUACAAAAACUUUAACAACUGUUUUACACUUGUCUAAAAAAAAUGUGGCUCCAAAAUGAACCAUAUGUCAACGUCAUAAUUUGACAUUUUUUUAGACAAGUCUUAAACUGACGUUAAAAAGUUUUUGUGGUAAGACGGUAAGUAUUCAAUACAACAUACUAUUUAAGUUAGAAUUUGAAAUGCGAAGAUCGUUCAUAAAUGCACCUUAUUUGAUAGAAAUUACGUCUCAUAUUGAUUUGUAAGAAUAAUGAAUUCAAGACUGGUACGGAACAUAUCGCUAGCUAGAAAAUUAACAAUAAUUAUGAAGAAAAUGGCUCAAAAAAUUGUUUUGUGUUUUGGCCCAAAUAUUUUGUUUAUCAAUUUUGUUAUAUAGAAUGUCCCCCUUGUUUUAUUUGUAACUAUGCCCUAUCUAUACCAUGUUUUGCGAUCAGCGAUAGUGAUAUAGAGCCAUUGCUCAAAUUAUAUCUCUUAUCGCUUAACAACUAAUAGAUAGCUUAUAGAAAUCGGUAGUAAAUAUAGUUAUUCUGCUAAGUCAAUCUUAUGUAAUAAUGUUUUCGACUGUAUUUUGCAUGUUACAAAAUUGGUAGAUUGAAUCUGUGGCCAACUGUAUGUAUUGUGUUGCGACUGUAUUGUGUCGGGGUGGGGGGGAGGGUACAUAUUGCCCAAAAUAUAGAAUUAAUAAGACUUUAUAUUAUAUGUUUAUAUAUUGUACUUUAUAAAGAUAUAAUACAGGUAUUGUAAUUAAAAAGGGCGAUUUUGUAAACCCUCUCAGCCCUCCCCAGUUAUUGGUUAAAAUUUCACGAGUAUGUGUCUAGUAUUGUGACGUUUAUUUCCUAUUUGUUAUAUGUCCAAUUAUAUGAUCUUACAUAAUGUUUUUAAUGCUGUUUUUGAUCAAUGAUUAUUAUAAAUAUAGUUAUUUUGUGAUUUA